AUGGAUCAGACAAUACGGCACAACAUCGUUGGGAACUUGGCUUUUGACGAGAAGUGGUAUGACUUUUCUGUCAGUGUUUGCUGCCUCCAAGACGACUUGGAGAGGUUUCCAGAAGGGGACCGUAAGAAGGCCGGCAGCAACGGAGCUUCAUUGAGCGGUGGGCAACGCCAGAGAGUGGCUCUUGCUCGAGCGAUAUACUCGAAGCUUCCAAUGGUGAUCAUGGAUAAUGUUACUAGCGGGUUCGAUGCUAGAACAGCCCGCUCCGUUUCCACCCUGCUCUUUGAUCCGGACGGCUACUUUAGGAAAGCAGGAAUUGCCGUCGUUCUGGCAACGCACAAUCGACACAUUCUGUCUCAAAUGGAUUCAAUCAUUGUGUUGAAUGAGGGCCGCGUUGUCGACUCUGAAACAGACAGCGACAUGGAGACGCCCGCUCGGCGAAGCGGAAGCUGGUCGGUCUACGGGUACUAUUGCAGAAGCGCAGGCAAUGUGCCAUUGAUUUUCUGGGCUUCAUUUACCAUUAUAGGGGCGGUUGCCACAAACUAUGCUCCAUUGUGGAUCCAGAAAUGGACAGAGGACAACAAGGCGAGACCCAACCAAGACCUCGGCCUAUAUCUUGGUGUUUAUGCAAUGCUGUUUGGCGUAUCGACAGCGGCGACGGCGGGCGAAUGUUGGGUGUUCUUCAUCCGAAUCAUCAACAACACAGCCCUCAAACUGCAUUCUGACCUUCUCGAAGCAACUCUUAGAGCACCAUUCCACUUCUUCCAGGCGACCGACGUCGGCGUCAUUGCAAACCGAUUCAGCCAAGACAUGGACCUUAUCGACAUGACUCUGCCAUCUCAGGCCAUUCAGUUUACCACAGGGGCCGUUUCGUGCGCCGUACAACUCAUCAUCAUCUGCAUCCUGGGCAAGUAUCUUGCGGCUACUAUUCCCGCCCUGGUCGGCGCGCUAGUUGUCAUCCAACGAUACUACUUGCGUACUUCGCGACAAGUGCGUCUCAUAGACAUCGAAGCCAAGGCUCCUCUAUACAAGCUCUUCAUCGAAACUAUUCAGGGCGUCUCUAGCAUCCGCGCCUUCCGCUGGGGGCGCGCGUUUUGCCGCGACAACAGCGAAAUUCUGAAUCAGUCUCAGAAGCCGUAUUACAUGCUCUUGUGCGUGCAGCAAUGGCUUGCACUGGUGCUUGAUCUCGUUGUCGGGGCGCUAGCCGUCAUCAUCGUUGCGCUGGCAAUGUCCUUGAACGGGAACAUCAGCGCCGGAGGACUGGGCGCUUCUCUGGUGCUGAUAUUGCAGUUUAAUUCACUGUUGACACAGAGCGUACAAGCAUGGACGAAACUAGAAACCUCAAUAGGGGCAGUGGCUAGGGUACAGCAGUUUCUGAGAGUCACGCCCGCAGAGCCGGACGGCGCAUCGCCGCCGACCUACUGGCCAAACCGCGGAGAGCUUCAAUUCCACAAGUUGACUGCAAGCUACAGUGCUAGCUGUCGAUCGUCACCUGUUUUGAAGAAUCUGAGCCUAACGGUACAGGCAGGCGAGAGACUUGCCAUCUGCGGGACGUCUGGAAGCGGCAAGUCAUCCCUUAUCAUGGCCGCGCUCCUCAUGGAGCCUUUUUUCCUCCCAGGCACGAUUGAUUCCAGCGGCGGCCUUGACGGGGAUCUGACUGCUUCGGAGUGGUCGCAUGGAGAGAGGCAAUUGCUCUGCCUUGCGAGAGCCAUGCUUGUUCCCAGCAAAGUUUUGAUACUGGAUGAGGCUGCUGGCAGUGUUGACGAGAAGACGGAAGCAAUCAUGCAGGAGAUUUUGGACUCAGAUUUCCAAGGCCGGACCCUGAUCUCGGUGCUCCAUCGAUUAACAUAUAUACGUCGCUUUGAUAGAGUGGCUGUCCUGGAAAACGGAGAGCUCAUUGAGUGUGAUACGCCGGGGAGACUGCUUAGCCGGGAUUCGGCCUUUGCCAGGCUAUAUCGUGCACACACUGGGCAACACUAA